GCCGCUGCACCAUGAGCGUGUCUGCACUGAACCCCACCCGGCUCCCGGGCAGCCUCUCCGGGCUCCUCCAAGUGGCGGGCCUGCUGGGCCUGCUCCUGCUGCUGCUCAAGGCAGCUCAGCUCUACCUGCACCGCCAGUGGCUGCUCAGAGCCCUCCAGCAGUUCCCGUGCCCACCCUUCCACUGGCUCCUGGGGCACAGCAGAGAGUUCCAAAAUGGCCAUGAGUUACAAGUGAUGCUGAAAUGGGUGGAGAAAUUCCCAAGUGCUUGUCCUCGCUGGCUAUGGGGGAGCAGAGCCCACCUCCUGAUCUAUGACCCUGACUACAUGAAGGUGAUUCUGGGGAGAUCAGACCCAAAAGCUCAAGGUUCCUACAGAUUCCUGGCUCCCUGGAUUGGGUAUGGUUUGCUCCUGCUGAAUGGGCAGACGUGGUUCCAGCACCGGCGCAUGCUCACCCCAGCCUUCCACUACGACAUCCUGAAGCCCUACGUGGGGCUCAUGGCGGACUCCGUCCAAAUCAUGCUGGACAAAUGGGAGCAGCUGGUCAGCCAGGACUCCUCCCUGGAGGUCUUCCAAGACAUCUCCCUGAUGACCCUGGACACCAUCAUGAAGUGUGCCUUCAGCCACCAGGGCAGCGUCCAGUUGGACAGGAAUUCCCAGUCCUACAUCCAGGCUGUUGGGGACCUGAACAACCUGUUCUUUUCCCGAGUGAGGAACGUCUUUCAUCAGAGUGACACCAUCUACAGGCUGAGCCCUGAAGGCCGCUUGUCCCACCGUGCCUGCCAGCUCGCCCACGAGCACACAGACCGAGUGAUCCAGCAGAGGAAGGCUCAGCUGCAGCAGGAGGGGGAGCUGGAGAAGGUCAGGAGGAAGAGGCGCUUGGACUUCCUGGACGUCCUCCUCUUUGCCAAGAUGGAGAACGGGAGCAGCCUGUCUGACCAGGACCUCCGCGCCGAGGUGGACACAUUCAUGUUUGAGGGCCAUGACACCACGGCCAGCGGCAUCUCCUGGAUCUUCUAUGCCCUGGCCACGCACCCCGAGCAUCAGCACCGGUGCCGCGAGGAGAUCCAGGGCCUCCUGGGGGAUGGAGCCUCCAUCACCUGGGAGCACCUGGACCAGAUGCCCUACACCACCAUGUGCAUCAAGGAGGCAAUGAGACUCUACCCACCAGUGCCAGGUGUCGGCAGACAGCUCAGCUCACCUGUCACCUUCCCUGAUGGACGCUCCCUCCCCAAGGGUGUCAUAGUCACGCUCUCCAUCUACGCCCUUCACCACAACCCGAAGGUGUGGCCAAACCCAGAGGUGUUUGACCCUUCCCGCUUCGCACCGGGUUCUGCUCGCCACAGCCACGCUUUCCUGCCCUUCUCAGGAGGACCACGGAACUGCAUCGGGAAGCAAUUUGCCAUGAAUGAGCUGAAGGUGGCCGUGGCCCUGACCCUGCUGCGCUUCGAGCUGCUGCCAGAUCCCAAAAGAGUCCCGGACCAAAAACCACGUCUUGUGCUGAAGUCCAGCAACGGGAUCCACCUGCGUCUGAGGAAGCUCCGCUAACCCUGGUGGGGACAAGAGCAGGCUCUGGGGGCCUUCUGCCAGGCGUCCUGGCUUCCUGUCACCUGCCCAUGCCCCCUGCCUGUCUGCCCACAUCCUGCUUUCUAUCCACCAGCACUUCUUCCACCUGUCUGCCUUGCUGCCUCUUGGCCUCCAGGCUGUCUGUCCUCUCGCACCUUCCUCUGGGCCACUGACCUGUCUGUCUACUGUCCGCUUCCUGCCAGCAUCUCUGACCGUGCACCUAAC